UUCUAGAUACAGAAACUAUAAAAAUGUCGUUGAGUACGGGUUACUAUGGCACCACCGCCCUGAAUAAGAUUCGGGGCGGCGGAUUUUAUGAUGUCCCCGAGGGAGUGGACAUUAGGGGAAGAUAUGAUGAAGAGUAUGCAAAGAUACUUACAAAGGAUGCUUUAUUGUUUGUGGCUAGUUUGCAAAGAGAGUUCAGGAACCAUGUUAAGUAUGCAAUGGAGUGUAGAAAAGAGGCUAAGGUGAGAUAUAAUUCGGGUGUGACACCGGAUUUUGACCCGGCUACGAAAUAUGUAAGAGAUGGGGAUUGGGUGUGUGCUGAGGUGCCAGCUGCGGUGGCUGAUCGACGGGUCGAGAUUACGGGUCCGGUUGAGAGGAAGAUGAUCAUUAAUGCACUUAAUUCUGGAGCUAAGGUUUUCAUGGCUGAUUUUGAGGAUGCACUAUCACCAACAUGGGAGAACUUAAUGAAGGGACAUGUGAACUUGAAGGACGCGGUUAAUGGCACAAUUAGCUUCGAAGACAAAGCUAGAAACAAGAUGUACAAGCUGAAUGAUCAAAUCGCCAAGCUCUUCGUUCGUCCCAGGGGUUGGCAUCUACCAGAGUCUCACAUCUUUAUCGAUGGGGAACCAGCUAUCGGUUGCCUAGUUGAUUUUGGGUUUUAUUUCUAUCACAACUAUGAAGCAUUCCGCAAAACACAAGGCCAAGGAUAUGGCCCGUUCUUCUAUCUUCCCAAAAUGGAGAAUUCUAGGGAAGCAAGGAUAUGGAACAAUGUGUUUGAACGAGCUGAGAAAAUGGUGGGGAUAGAGAAAGGAAGUAUCAGGGCAACAGUACUAAUUGAGACACUACCAGCAGUGUUUCAGAUGGAUGAGAUCUUGUAUGAAUUAAGGGACCAUUCUGUUGGUUUGAACUGUGGAAGAUGGGACUAUAUUUUUAGCUAUGUCAAGACAUUCCAAGCUCACCCUGACCGUUUGUUACCAGACCGAGUCCUAGUUGGUAUGGGCCAACACUUCAUGAGAAGCUACUCUGAUCUUCUCAUUAGGACCUGCCACAGGCGUGGCGUGCACGCCAUGGGAGGGAUGGCUGCUCAGAUUCCAAUCAGAGACGAUCCAGAAGCAAAUGAAGCAGCACUCGAGCUAGUAAAGAAAGACAAACUAAGAGAGGUACGGGCCGGGCAUGAUGGGACAUGGGCAGCCCACCCAGGUCUUAUACCAGCUAUCAUGGAAGUGUUCACUAACCACAUGGGCAACUCCCCUAACCUAAUCAAAACCAUGAAACGCGAAGAUGCUGCAAGCUUGACAACAGAAGACCUUUUGCAGAUUCCUAGAGGGGUUCGGACCAUUGAGGGUCUAAGGCUAAACACACGGGUUGGAAUCCAGUAUGUCGCGGCCUGGCUGACAGGGACAGGAUCAGUCCCAUUGUAUAACCUCAUGGAAGAUGCCGCUACUGCUGAAAUCAGCCGAGUCCAGAACUGGCAGUGGUUGAAGUAUGGGGCUGAGUUAGAUGGAGACGGGCUUGGUGUCAAGGUCAACCUGGAACUUUUUGGGAAAGUAGUUGAAGAAGAAAUGGCAAGGAUUGAGCGUGAAGUGGGCCGAGAGAAGUUCAAGAAAGGAAUGUACAAGGAAGCAUGUAAGAUCUUCGCUCGUCAAUGUACAGCGCCUGUACUUGAUGAUUUUCUCACCCUAAACGCAUACAAUCGUAUCGUUGUUCAUCAUCCCAGAGGACCAUCAAAGCUCUAAACAAGAUUUCUAUGGUUUCUUACAUAUGGUUUUAUAUGUAUAUCUGUUGAACAUCAAUGUGUGUCUGUUUUUGAGUGAGAUAUCCUCCUGCAUGCUAUGGCCUUCUAUCAUUACUAUAGCUAAAUAAUAAAGUUGUCAUAA